ACCCUCCUCGUGACGAUGGGAAUGCGCCCCGUAAACGAGCUCGCCUUAGCUCUCGCUCGCUAUCCCUUUCCAAUUGCGGCUUCCCUCUUCUUCGUCGCGGUCAUCCCCAGAACCCUUUUUGUUGUAGUUGUCGUGAUUUGGUUGUUUUUGUUUGAGGGGAGUAAGUGGCGUGGUAGGUAGGUGAGGGUAUGGAAGCGUGGGAGGUCGGAGUGGGAUAUGCGAAGGAGUUUUAGAUCUUAGGGUUUGGUUUUUGGGGGUGGAGUCAGAGCGUGGUGGAGUCGAUGGUAUGUUGAAUGUGGACGGGAGGUUGAGAGAUCUCGGCCGUGACCAGUGUUGUUAAGCGAAGAGAGUUUUCUGAAGGGGAGCAGUCUCUAACGAGACACGGGACUUGGAAGAAUAGUGACACCAUGGCGGGCAGGAGUGGCCUGCUGAAGGCUCUGGUUGUGGUGCUGGCGUUGAUGCCGCUAGUGUCUGGUGAGAUCAAGGACCUGUCAAUUAAAAACGAUGCGCGUCCUAUCAUUCCGUUCGAGACUUUUGGUUUUUCGGUCGGGGGUGAGGUUUCUAUAGAAGUGACGAACGUGAAGGUGAAGGACCCGGCGGCUGAUCUGCAGCGGAUGGGGUUUUUCCUUUCUACUAUGGAUGAUCUGGUUCCUGUGAUUUCCCAGUUGGAGGGGCUAGGGAAAAACUGUCUCCUCGACAGCAACUUGAUGCACACCUUGUUCACAAUGGCUGAUCCCGUGAAAGCCAACUUCACGCAUCAGGUGAUGCAAUCCAAUGAGUAUACUCUCUUCUUUGAGAAUUGUGUGAAGACUGAGGUCUCGAUGGAGGUGAAGACUUCGAUGUACAACGUGGAGAACGGCUACAGGGAUUUCUUACCCGUCGGGCAGACUGUGCUCCCAAGGAUGUACUUCCUUUUCUUCUUGGCCAAUGUCGCUUUAUUGGGCACUUGGAUCUACGCGUGCUGGGCGCAGAAGGAAUCGGUGCACCGCAUCCACUUUUUGAUGGGCCUGUUGGUCGUUUUGAAAGCCUUGAACAUGAUCUGCGAGGCAGAGGACAAGCAGUAUGUGAAGAGGACAGGAACACCACACGGAUGGGAUGUUGCUUACUACAUCUUCAACUUCCUCCGAGGUUUGCUGCUAUUCAGUGUUAUUGUCCUUAUCGGAACUGGAUGGUCUUUCUUGAAGCCAUUCCUUCAGGACAAGGAGAAGAAGGUACUCAUGGUGGUGAUUCCUCUUCAGGUGUUUGCGAACACCGCUUACAUUGUUUACGACGAGUCUGGUCCCUCAACGAAGGAUUUCUUCACCUGGAAGCAAGUUUUCCUUUUGUUAGAUAUCAUAUGUUGCUGUGCAGUGUUGUUCCCUAUUGUUUGGUCUAUCAAGCAUCUUAGAGAGGCUGCCCGUACUGAUGGCAAGGCUGCUAGAAACCUGGCGAAGCUUACUCUGUUCCGCCAAUUCUACAUCGUGGUCGUGAGUUACAUUUACUUUACACGCAUAGUUGUGUUCGCCUUGUUCACUGUCACCGUCUAUCGGUACCAAUGGACCAGCAAGUUCGCCGAGGAGGCUGCCAAUCUUGCCUUUUAUAUCUACACAGGGUACAAGUUCAGGCCCGUUGUGCACAACCCUUACUUUGUACUCGAUGACGACGAAGAGGAGGCCGCUGCACAGGAAGCUUUGAAAGAUGACGAGUUUGACCUUUAAAGUUGCCAUAUUGCUGUGAGCGGCGGCGUUGUUGGAGGGCCUGACGUGAGCCAGCAUGCUAGAGUUCCUCUUGACGGAACAUGUCUGCAGAUCCUCAGUAUCACGAAUUGGGGGGAAGAUUGUUAAUGUCCUAACGAGUCUUGGGCAAAUGUUGGUUUCAUGACGGCCGAAUCAACUCCUCCACGAGUAUCUGAAACCUCUGUAUUCAAUUGAGGUAUCUUCGUGCAUACUUAACUUUAGUCAGCUGAUUGCAUUUUAGUUUAAAUGAAGAUGAUGUAGUGUUCUGAUCUAGAACAUUUUUUUUGCUUCUAAGAAAUCAUCAUGUUUUUCGUCUUUCGAAACAUGUACCUGGUUACCAUUUUUAUCAAGCUCAAUCUCCUCGGGCACCAUCAUGUGCCUUAAUCACA